AUGUCUGAGCCUCUACCGAAGAGAACUUGUUUGAUCACUUCAUGGUUGAAAAAAACUGAGUCCUCAAGUUCAAACCCCAUUUCUGAGCCUUCUGUAUGCACUCCACAUCUUGAUGAUCCACCCAUCUCUUCCAUUCCCGAGCCAGAAAAUAAUAUUAAUGCUCUUGAGAGGGAUCCUGGUUUACGUUGUCCCAUUUGGCAAUAUCCAUUUAAGGAUAGGGAUAAGAUUCGAAAAGAGUAUUGUUUGUUAGGUCCAUUUCAACCUGAAUUAGAGUUUCCAUUGAGUGGACAAGGGGGUCAACAACGUAGGUUUCAAUGUGCUUGGUACAAGGAUCUGGUAUGGCUUGAAUAUUCAAUUGCUAAGGAUAAGGCUUAUUGCUUCCCAUGUUUUCUUUUUGACACCAAAAGUAGUAAGCAUCAAUCAUUCAUCGUUGAUGGGUUUAGAAAUUGGAAGAAGGUUUGCAGUAGUGAUAAUGCAUUGUUGAAGCAUGUUGGAGGCAUUAAUUCUCCACAUCAUGCUGCAAUGCAAAAAUGGGAUUCAUUGAGAAACCCGACCAAGGGAAUUGAAGCAGUUAUUCAUACAAGAUCAUUGAAGGAUGUGGAAGAUAAUCGAUUGAGGCUUAAGGCUUCAAUAGAGUGUGUUAGAUUGCUAGUUAAGCAAGGAGCUCCUUUUAGAGGUCAUGAUGAAUCUGAAGGCUCCUUGAACCAAGGAUAUUUUAAAGAAGUUAUAAAAUCUUUUGGAAGAAUGAGUCCUGAGAUUGAGAGAGUUGUGUUGGGAAAUGCUCCUGGAAAUGCUAAGUAUACUAGUCCCACAAUUCAAAAACAACUCUUAAAUAUCCUUGGUCAUAGAGUGAGGAGCAAGAUACGUGAAGAGGUUGGGCUUUCCAAGUAUUGUAUUCUUGUUGAUGAAGCAUUAGACACUUCUCAUAAGGAGCAUAUGGCCAUUAUUUUGAGAUUUGUUGAUUCUUAA